CAUGACGUAUGGUGCCUCCGCUAACGUCACAUGUGAAUCUGGAUUUGACGCUAGUAUAGAUCAAGUUACCUGUUUAAGUAAUGGAUCAUGGUCAGAAGCAUCGUGUUUGCCUAAAGAUUGUGGAUCUGUUGAAACUAUUUCGAAUGGACAAAUCGAUCUGAAUGAUCCAUCCAACACGACAUAUGGUGCCGCUGCCAACGUCACAUGUGAAUCUGGAUUUGACGCCAGUAUAGAUCAAGUGACAUGUAUAAGUAAUGGAUCAUGGUCAGAAGCAUUGUGUUCGCCUAAAGAUUGUGGACCUGUUGAAAGUAUACCGAAUGGACAAACUGAUCUUAAUGAUCCAUCCAACACGACAUAUGGUGCCGCUGCCAACGUCACAUGUAACUCUGGAUAUGACGCUAGUAUAGAUCAAGUGAUCUGUUUAAGUAAUGGAUCAUGGUCAGAAGCAUCGUGCAUACCUAAAGAUUGUGGACCUGUCGAAUCAUUACCGAACGGACGCAUUGAUCUGAAUGAUCCAUCCAACAUGACGUAUGGUGCCUCCGCUAACGUCACAUGUGAAUCUGGAUUUGACGCUAAUAUAGAUCAAGUUACCUGUUUAAGUAAUGGAUCAUGGUCAGAAGCAUCGUGUUUGCCUAAAGAUUGUGGAUCUGUUGAAACUAUUUCGAAUGGACAAAUUGAUCUGAAUGAUCCAUCCAACACGACAUAUGGUGCCGCUGCCAACGUCACAUGUGAAUCUGGAUUUGACGCCAGUAUAGAUCAAGUGACAUGUAUAAGUAAUGGAUCAUGGUCAGAAGCAUUGUGUUCGCCUAAAGAUUGUGGACCUGUUGAAACUAUACCGAAUGGACAAAUUGAUCUUAAUGAUUCAUCCAACACGACAUAUGGUGCCUCCGCUAACGUCACAUGUAACUCUGGAUAUGACGCUAGUAUUGAUCAAGUUACCUGUUUAAGUAAUGGAUCAUGGUCAGAAGCAUCGUGUUUGCCUAAAGAUUGUGGACCUGUUGAAAUUAUACCGAAUGGACGCAUUGAUCUGAAUGAUCCAUCCAACAUGACGUAUGGUGCCUCCGCUAACGUUACAUGUGAAUCUGGAUUUGACGCUAGUAUAGAUCAAGUCACCUGUUUAAGUAAUGGAUCAUGGUCAGAAGCAUCGUGUUCGCCUAAAGAAUGUGGACAUGUUGAAACUAUACCGAACGGACAAAUUGAUCUGAAUGAUGCAGUAAACACGACAUAUGGUGCCGCCGCUAACGUUACAUGUGACCCAGGCUUCGGCGCUAGUAAAGAUCAAGUGACCUGUUUAAGUAAUGGAUCAUGGUCAGAUGCAUCGUGCACACCUAAAGAUUGUGGACCUGUUCAAUCGAUACCUUACGGACAGAUUGAUUUGAAUGAUCCAACCAACACGACAUAUGGUACCGCCGCUUACGUCACAUGUGACUCUGGCUUUGACGCCAGUAUAGAUCAAGUGACGUGUUUAAGUAAUGGAUCAUGGUCAGGGGCAUUCUGCUUGCCUAAAGAAUGCGGGCAUCUGCCACCUUUAUUUAAUGGAAUGUUUAUAAUCAACGACGGUGACACAACAUUUGGAUCGGAAGUAAAUGUUACGUGUAAUCUGGGGUUUCAUGCGGAUGUCGAUCAGAUCAGAUGUCUUUCAAAUGCCACCUGGGAAAAAGCAGCAUGCUUACCCAGAGAUUGUGGAUCAGUCGAUGUUCCGGCCAAUGGCACAAUAGAAAACCCAAACGAAACUUCUUUCAAAAAUGUGACACGAUUCAAAUGUAAUCUUGGCUAUACUUUGAUUGGAAACGUUUCGAUGGUGUGUUCUGUAAAUUCCAGCGGCAUUAUGUUUUGGAGUGGAGCUAUCCCGACUUGUCGAAUAAAAGACUGUGCAGCAUUAGGUAGGCCAGAUAAUGGAGAAGUACAUUAUCAGAGCACAACAUAUCGCCAGAAUGCGACUUAUAAGUGCAACAAUGGAUAUGAACUGGUUGGAGAUAGAGUUCGACAGUGUCAGGCAUCAGGGGUUUGGGGAGGGGCACAACCGUCUUGUCUUGCCAAAGAGAAACCUCGUUUGACUUGUAAAAACAACACAGACACAAGAGGUACCCUAUGGACAGAGAUUCUCGCAAACAGCACACGUUCAUAUGACUGCAAAGGUGAUUACAAAGGUAACAUGUCUCGAAGAUGUCGCCCAGACGGUACAUGGGAGCUACCAAAGUACAACUGUGUCAGAGAAGCAGUGGAGAAUGUCAAUAAUCAACUCAAUGACCUCACGACGAAAGCUGAUGUUACAACGGAAGAUAUAUCAGAGGCACUAAACACUUUGACCGCUGUUACUUCUACAAAUGGGACAGAUGGUUCAACAGGUCUUACAGAUGGAGAGAUAACAGCGCUUUCUGGUUCAUUAGAGAAUGUUGCCGCUCUUCUUAGCAACUCUACUAAUGAUCUCGUUUCUGUGAAUAUCACCGAGAGUUUCAUGGAGUCAGCCAGCAAUUUGUUUGAUCCAUCCAACCAAGAAAGCUGGAAGGCAAUGAAGGAAACAAACAACAAGGGGGCAGAAAAGAUGUUGAAAGCUGUCGAUUCCGUAGGGUCUGCUAUAAGAAGAAGUAUUCAAAAUGGUAAUGAAUCAUCUGCCACCAUUAUCAAGACAAAUGUUGCCUUAGAAGUGAAAAAGAUUGAUAAAGAAAAUAUUGAGUUUCCUGCAAAAUCUUCAGUUGACGGUACAGCCGAUGCUAAAAAAGAUUGGAUUUAUAACUCCAGCAGUAAAUUGUCUUUGAACAAUGGUGCAUUUCAAGGAAACGAAACUUACAUCACCACAGCUAUAAUGUAUCGGGACAUGUCUGAUAUUCUGCCAACACAAUCAAGUGAAAAUGCAACAGGAAACGGGAACCAAAACGAAAUAAAUGGUCCUGUGUUGUCAUUGUCGCUUGAUCCAGAUAUAAAGUACCUCGAUCCUCCAAUUAGAAUAACAUUCGGACACUUCUUGACGAAUUUGUCAGAGCCAUCAUGUAACUACUGGACAUUUGGCGAAGACGACCUAGCUGGAGGAUGGUCAACAGAUGGAUGUUCCGUGGAGUUUUCUUCACAAAACCAGACUGUCUGUAAAUGCACCCAUCUAACUAACUUUGCUGUGCUGAUGAGUCCAUUUGAGCAGGCUGAUGCGGAUUCAAUUCCUUUGCGCAUAGUUUCCAUCGUUGGAAUUGCUGUAUCCAUGUUCUGUCUUCUGUUAACAUCGUUUUUGUACAUCUGCUUAUGGAGGUACCUCAAGAACGACCGUGCUGUUAUUCUCCUGAACCUCUGUAUUGCCUUAUUGUUUUCCUACAUCGUUUUCCUGGCCGGAGUCGACAGAACCGAAAGCAAGGAGUUUUGUACAGUUGUUGCAGCCUUAUUGCAUUAUAUAUACUUGGUCGUGUUUUGUUUGAUGCUGGCGGAGGGAAUAGACAUUGCAUACACAGUUCUUUAUGUAUUUGCUACAAGAUCACGGGCGAGAUCAUUAGUUAUUGCAUCAUGGGUUUUGCCAGCUGUCAUUGUCGGAAUAUCACUCGGAGCAACUCAGACACAAGGAUAUGGGAAUACUUACUUCUGCUGGUUAUCUAUAUCACGUGGUGUAAUAUGGGCGUUCGUGGCGCCUGCCUUGCUCAUUAUAUCGUUAAACAUCAUAUGUUUGGUCCUUGUUUUCCGCAAAAUGCUGAGAAUGAAAUCAAUGGAAUCUAAGAAAACGACAGAAAAAAUCCAGACCAGCCUUCGUUCGCUCUGUGUACUAGUCCCUCUGAUGGGUGUGUCAUGGAUUCUGGGCAUAUUCUAUAUCAACGAAGAUUUGUACUUCAUGCAAUAUCUUUUUGCCAUUUGUAAUGGUCUUCAGGGAUUUUUUAUUUUCUUAUUCCACUGUGCUUUGAAUAAAAAGAUACAAAAUGGAUGUCAAAUGAGACAAAGACGUAUGUCCGCAAUGAGGUCUACGUUCAAAACAACAUACAGAAGUUCGAGUAAGGAGAUGUCUAAGUCAAAAGAUCUUAAAUCAUCACGUUUUGAGUCUCGAGACAAUGACGCACAAAUCAACUGGAGAAAUCUGGUUCUCAAUAGAGCAUCUGAGACUGACGAAGGUCGACAAUUUAACUCGCCAAUUGGGGGUGGAGGUUUCGGUCAUAUUCACCGCCCGACUGUUGCGUUCAACCCUCCUGCUGAAUACUCUCCACACACUCAUGAUAGUCGUCAAAGUAUCAAACACAGAGAUUUUGGCAAUAUCGAAUUUGACCGAGGCGAGGACAAUAACUAUGACUACAGAAGACGAUCCACUGAGUUGUGAUGCUCUAAAAGAAGUCUUAAUUCACGUGUUAUGCGUCCUCUUUAGACAAGUAAUUAAAACUCAUGUUCAGCUUAAUAUUGAUAUAAAAGCAGAUGUUCAAAUAUAUUGUUUAAUGAAAAUGCUCAAAGUGUAUAUGACAAACUACAGAAAUAAGCUCAGUAGCCAAAAAUUUCAAGAUAAACCAGUACAUGUGAUUUAAAUAGUCACUCUUGUUUUAGUCCAAAAGUAAGUCUGAUUCAAUCUUUAUAUACUAUUAAUAUAGUUUUAUAGAAACAAUUAUAACACAUAUAUGCUGUGAUACUUACUAAUACUCCGAUACUUCAAUAUCAGUUUUUUCUGUAUCACCUAAGUGAAGUGACGACUUUUAUUUCUUUAAAGGUCUUUUUCGACGCCAAUUCGAAGUUAUUGUCCAAAUUUAAACGAAAUGCAACGCAUUUAGACCAGUAUGCAACCGAUAAUGAAAUUAUUUUUCCGACGAUAUCCAACGGAUUUCUAACCAAAGCCCAUACAAUUGCCCGGCUGUAUUUACAAAAUUAGUUAUUUUUCAGAUAAUGUUAGCUAAUGGGGGUGGUAUUCAAGAUGCAACUUUUGGUCAUACAUCAUUGACUGCAUUCACUGUAAAGGUCCGUUAAUUAUAUCGAGCGUUGCAAUUACCUACAUCGUUUUUAGAUCCAAUUAAGACCAGUAUUGAAUACCAUUCUCGGGGACUGAGUACUUAUUCUCAGCACUGACACUCGUGCAUUAGUUCCAAAGCGUAGUUAUAGUAUGCAUAAUAUUAUAUUUCAUUGAUUUUAGUAUUCAAAUUAUUAUAUGAAUGUUUGUUAUGAAUAAAACAACUAAACGAU